AUGAUACCCAAAGUUUUUGUGCCAGCAAACCAGGCUACGAACGCGACCAACUGUUAUUGUAAUUACUUCGGAGGAAAGACUUUGCACUACAACAGCAUUCCGCGGCAAGAGGACGAGGAGGACCUUAUUCAUUGUUAUCGAAUCACACUUGGUUCAAGUGAUUUAUUAAUAACUGACGAUGACAUGCUUAUGAAUACUUGUCUUCAGUUGAAUUUACACAACUCCACUGACAUCAGAGCAGCAAGGGAUUUUGCAAAGACGAAUGGAUGUAACGUGUUGAGAGAUGUUGGCGAGGACCCCCUGCGUCCGGGUGUGCUGGUGGCCACCGUCACCGACCCUUUCAAGUUUGUUUGGCAACUCAGUAAUUCCGCGGGUGGUCUAGGGCCAUAUGAAGAUGGUUUUCUUUGCUUCCGGUGUGUUCGUAUUGUAGUUAUAGGUGGUGGCAAUGCAGAAAUGUUCGAUAUCCCCGGGACUCCGACUGUUAUUCCUGAAGAUAUAUCAAGACAUGAAUUUUUCAAGCGGUUUUGGAAAGGAUGCCGGGAAGACGUGGUUGUAGUAGUGGGCUAUGAGUUGAGCAAGGAAAUUGUCUCUUAUCUCAGGGACAAUAUUGGAUUUCGAGGUAUGAUUGUUGGGUUAGUCAGUGGCUCUGUAGACAUUGACCAGGAGGAACAGAUGAUGUUGAUGUGUCAGUAUGGAUGUGACACAAGUCUGGGCAUACCACUGACUCAAAGAGCAAUUAGAAAUCUCGUUAUUGCUUAUCUGGAGAAGGAGGAGGAGGAGAAAGCAAAGGCUGCUGCUGGUUCUUCUACGCGUAAGGUGGAAAGCACUGAAAGGACAAAUGCCAAAAGAUUGCUAAGUGAGCUGAGAACUGAGAAGGAAGAGGCAUUGAAAAGGAAGAUUGAUGAGGAGAAAAAGGAGGAGGCACUGGAGAAGAAGGUGACAAAAACAGAGCAAGAACAAGAAGCCGAGGCACCAAAGGAGAAAAACGAGAAGAAGAAGGAAGAAGAAGAGGACAAAGAGAAGGUAGAAGAGGAGGCACUGAGGCAACAAAGGAAAAAGAGGAGGACGAAGAAGCAGAGGCAGCAAAGGAGAAAGAUAAGUGUUGGUCCUUUUUUCCGUCCGCCGUUCCUUUUUGCGGUCCGCGGGGGUCGGCUCUGACUGGGUACAAACAAUUAGAAGAAGCAUAAUAUAGAUAUAUAGCAAAAGUAUAAAUAAGACACGUUCUCCAGAGGUAUAUGCGAGAACCAGGGCACCAUUCUGAGGUGGGAGGGGGAUUUUCAGGCAGAUCAUUGCUGCUGCAGCACUCUGUGUUGUCGGUUUACAAAAGAAGCAGUUCACUGCUUUGAACAAGUACAAAAUUAAAUGUCUAAAACUUUGGAAUAUCAUCAAAUUUGUAGUUU